AUGAAUUUCCUGCGAAGGCGUCUCUCAGACAGUAGUUUUGUGGCUAACUUGCCAAAUGGUUAUAUGAUGGACCUUCAGCGUCCAGAUAAUUCCACCAGCAACCCUGUUUCCCCAGCAACAGAGAGGAGGCAGCAGCCAAUACAGCAACCAACUGCUCUUUCUUCUGGUACCAGCAUCUUCAACUCCAUCUCCAGUGCCAUGAAGCAAACCACACAAGCAGCUGCAGGACUCAUAGAGCAGUCAGCAACUCCUGCCCCUGUAGCCCAACAGAAACCUCAAAUUCUCUUGAUAAUUGAUGACCCCCACACAGAUUGGGCUAAGUAUUUUCAAGGAAAGAAGGUGAAUGGGGAAUUUGAGAUCCGAGUGGAACAGGCAGAGUUUUCAGAACUCAACUUGGCUGCCUAUUCAACUGCUGGCUGUAUGGUAGACAUGCAGGUCAUCAGGAAUGGCACAAAAGUGGUCAGAUCUUUCAAGCCUGAUUUUGUUCUCAUCCGUCAGCACGCUUACAGUAUGGCCUUAGGAGAAGACUUUCGCAGCCUUAUCAUUGGCCUCCAAUAUGGUGGGGUCCACAGUGUCAAUUCACUUUUCUCUAUCUACAAUUUCUGCAGCAAACCUUGGGUGUUCUCUCAGCUAAUUAAGAUUGUCAACUCAUUGGGUCCAGAGAAGUUUCCUCUUGUAGAACAAACAUUCUUCCCAAGCCAUAAGCAGAUGCUCACAACUCCAGUUUUUCCAAUGGUCAUCAAGCUAGGACAUGCUCAUGCAGGAAUGGGAAAGGUGAAAAUUGAGAACCAACAUGAUUUCCAAGACAUUGUAAGUGUGGUAGCCAUGGCCAAAACAUAUGUCACGACAGAGGCUUUUGUUGACUCCAAAUAUGACAUCCGAAUCCAGAAAAUUGGCAACAAUUACAAAGCUUACAUGAGGACAUCAAUCUCUGGAAACUGGAAAGCAAACACAGGUUCUGCCAUGUUGGAACAGAUCGCUAUGACUGAGAGAUACCGACUCUGGGCAGAUUCUGUUGCAGAGAUGUUUGGCGGCCUUGACAUCUGUGCAGUCAAAGCUGUUCACAGCAAGGAUGGCAAAGAUUAUAUCAUUGAGGUGAUGGACAGCUCAAUGCCUCUAAUAGGAGAGCAAGUGGAGGAAGAUAGGCAGCUUAUAGCUGAUAUGGUGGUCUCCAGGAUGACACAGACUUUAACAACUGUGGGAUCUUCUCCUUCUCCUCUGAGGCCUUGGGUAAGAACAGGAGGCAUCUUUCAGAGAAAUCAAUCUAACCAGCCUCAAUCAUUGAAAUCACAAUUGUCAGGACCACAUCUUGGACAGCUUUCCCAACCCCGACCACCACCUCAAGGUGGCCCAUGGCAGCCUCAAGGAUCACAGCCCAUACAGCCAGGACCUCCACCUCAGCAAAGGUUGUCCCCACAGGGUCAGCAACCACUGAGUCCUCAGUCCACCUCAGCCCAGCAGCAGAAAUCACCUGGAUCUCCCCAGCAGACUAGAUCGUCAGCAGGAAGCUCACCAAGUCAGCCUUCCAAAUUAGGCACAUUUCCCGCCCAGCAACCUCGGCCUCCAGCACAAGGAUGGGCUCCUGGCCAAGGAUUCAGUGAACCUUCUAAGCAGCAUCCUCAUCUAAACAAAUCACAAUCCUUGACAAACACCUUCAACAUCUCAGAAUCUUUACAGCGAGGUAUCACAAAUGAAGAUGAGGCAAAGGCUGAAACCAUCCGCAACCUGAGGAAGUCAUUUGCUAGCCUGUUUUCUGAUUAGCAUCACAACCCAAUUUUGGAUAUUUGGGUCUUCUUUUCUUGCAAAUCCGUAACUCAUUUUAUAGUUCCCUAUACAAAUUUGUCUUUAAAUGUUAUCGAUCAUUAUAGUUUCUUGUAUAUAUCCCUAUAUUCAGCAAAGGUGGAAAAAAUCAAAAAGCAAUCAAAUCAGCCUCCCGCCGCUCUGGAUCCCACUAGCAUCUAAAUGCUAUCCUCAACUUACAGAAAGCAAACACACGUCCAUCAUCAUCCAAACAGAGAGGUUAUCUCAUGCACGAUCAGGCCUAUAAAAUACUGCAGUGUGUAUAAACUGCCUUUAAUACUUGCUAUGCCAUUUACGGCAGAUGUGCAGAAAAGAGGCACAUGAGGCGAAACAUAUAAUCAUCUCACUCAAUGUUCAUUUAUCUUAACUAUUUUUAUCUACUAGCAUGAUUCUUCAUGUCUUUUAUAAGUCAGAUUCUAGUUUACUCUUUUAAAAAUUCAAUUAUAAAACUACUCCUCAGAAAAUGUGUUAUCUAUGACAUCCCCUUGAAAUCCAGAAUUAUUCCUUCUCAAUUCAAAUUUCCUGGACUAAAUAAUUGCAAUUCUUGGGUAUGACACAGUUGAACCAUUUUACUUUGAUUGGUGUACAACCAGGAUGAUAUCCAUUCUAAUUCCCAGAUGUGGCAUUGUAUAAAAAGAUCAUUUGGAAUUAAAAUCCUUUGCUUGCUGUUACAAUAGCACAAAUCACCUAAGAUUGUCCUAUUCCAAAGUAAUAAUUUAAACUAUAAUGAUAUAAGCCUUUAUAUUGAAGUACCAUGUGUAUGGAAACAAAUAUACAGGUCUUGAACUAUACAAGCAUGUAAGAAUUCAUCUUUAUAGCAGUGUAUCAUGCAGUUCAGAAAAAGGUGAUUGAAGCAAAGAUCUUUGAUCCACAUUGGGACUAGGAUUUCACAAUGAACUACCUCUCUAGGGAAAUCAAGUUAUGAAAUUCUUAUUUUGCAAGGUUACAUAAAUGCAUACAAAAGUGAUAAAACUGUAUAGAAAGAAGCCAGGCGCCAUGAAGUACAACUCAAGAUUUCGAGGCCAGCAAAAUAGGAAAUAGCAAUUCAUUCAGGAUAACAAAAUAUGGGAAAUGUUUCUUCCCAGCCUCAAAGUUGUCCCCAAUAUCAGUAUCCAAAUUAUGCAGUAUGGCAUAACAUUUUAGCCACUCAAUAAAAUCAGAAUACAAGUGAAGUGUUAAAAGAGAUGAGGAAACUAUGAGUUCUGUUGCAGAUUUCUCACUUUAAGCAUUGAUAUGAUCGACCUCCUUUUAUUGCAGUAUCCAUGCAAAAGUAAUGCAAAUGGGAUGUUGCAUUAUGUAUGCAUUUGCUGUAUAUAGAUUCUAGAGCAGGCAUGUCCAACACACAUGGCCCUAGACAGCUAAUUCAGCCCCACAAGAUUGUAAAUUUUUAACGUGAUUUAUAAAUAUUACCAAUGUUUUAUAUGCAGCUCAAGACAAUUCCUUUUCACUCAGUGCAGCCCAGGCAAGCCAAAGGUUGGGUACCCAUGCUCCAGAGUAAGUCUACUGCAAGCACAUAAUUUUUCAACCCAGUAGAGCCAAGUUCAAAAAACCCAGACAAACUGCUUUGUUCCUUAAUAUCGUUUGUACAGGCAAAGCUGUGGAUAUGUUAGCAAGAGCUACUUUUUCACGUUCUAGAAUGGAACAUUACCUACUGCCCCACCUUUUUCCCAAAUCCUGUAAAAUCAUUUGGUAGACUUAGGAAAACAAACAUUACCACUACUUUGAGUGUUUAUCAGCUAUCUGGAAUGCAUCUGAAGAACAAUUCAUCAUUUCAAGAGAAGUACAGAUAAGGAUCCACUUCCAUUUAAAAUGACCCAAUUGGAAUUACUCAUCAAACCCAGCACAUGGUUUACUAAGCUAAAUGUUCAUAGCAAGGUGAUCUAAUUUCUUCAAUAUUAUCAGUAUGACUUACUUCUCUAAAUGUGUCAUAUAGGAUUGCACUAUACAGCCAACUGUUCAAUUUCAGUGUGCAAUAAGAAAAUUCUGAUAGAAUUUGCUAGUGAAGUUUCCCACCACCAGCACAUCAUAAAUUAAUGUAAUUCCUAGAUCUACUAAAUUUCACCUUCAAGUCUCAAGUAAGUUUAACCUACCUCAAUAAGGACAGAACAAUUAUAUACUAGUCCAUUUUGCACUGGAAUAUUACAGAAAUGUUAAAUAAUUCCUCUCAUAGGCAAUUAGUCUAUUAUGCAAGCCAAGGGGCUAAUUAUACCAAUGUUGUACUAUUGUUGGAACAAAAAUCUUUUAUCAUCUGCAAUAUUCUGAACAGUAUGCAUCCUAAGUGGAAAAAUGCCAUCACAGUGCAAGUAUACAAAUACAAAGAACCAAUUGUUUAGUAAUAAAGCAAAAUUGCAUUGUUAGACUCAAGCAAUUUUAGAACUGAUUUAUGCAUGUUUGAGUUCUAAUAUGGUUGAUUACAGCACCUUAGUAUAUUAUAAACUAGCAGUUAAGUAUUAACUGUUGGUCUGUUGGUGUCAUGAUAGCAGUAUUGAAAUAUCUAAGGGGCUGCAACAAAGAGAGGACGGAAAUUAACCAAGGAGAGAACUAAGAAAUUUCUUGUUAUCCAAUUAUUUCCUGCUAUUUCCAAUUAUCAGUGGUCACAAAUACUGAGCACUCCUUUACUAUCCUUGUGAUAGUAAAUAAACACGUGUUUAUAAUACUCCACCUAUAAAGUACUAUAUAUUCUAAAUAUAGUACAAUCACUUCUUUAAUUUAGGCACUUAAUAUGUGAGCUCAUUAAUGUAAAUCUAAGAAAUUUAGAUUUUGAGCAGUGAGGCAUAACAUCCACCUAUUGUAUUCUCACAAUUUUAGUAUUGUGUUCAAUCUGUCAUGAAAUUGAAAUUUAGGAGACAAAACUGACACAUCAAAAUCAAUGCAGUUAAGUACUUCUUUUUGUUUUGUUAACACUGAAAAUACUAUACAGAAAAAAGUUCAGAAGAAUAGCAAAGAUAAUAAAUUUUCCCUUGAGAAGACAUCAAUGGAUAGUCAUCCAUGGUUAUACUAUUUGUGCUCAAUAGAAGAUUACCUUUUAAUAAGACAUCUCUUUAUCAACUGAUUAACUAGACAGAGUUACGUUUAUUAAUCCCAAGAAUUGCACAUCUUAUAAUUAUAUAUUUAAAAAUAACUAGGUUUACCCAAUUUAGUUGGCUGAAGAAUGUUAAAAACAAUUAUCAUGUUCAUUAGUCCCAUCAAUCAUACGAUGUUUCUUUAAAUGUACAGAUAGCCCUGUCAUUUUAUUUCCAAAAGUACUUGGGGUACUUUCUGUUGAUAUUUACUAGAAAAAAAUUGAAAUAGAAAGGUAGCAACUUUUUGUCAGAGCUUCUGACAUUCACCAUUUCUUAUCUUCUGGGUUAUACUGUGUAGCAUGUUAUUAUUCAACUGUUUGUAAGGUGAACAGUUCAAUGUCUUAUUCUCUCAUGUGUAAAAAUCAUUUAAACUCAAUAUUCUUUGUGCUUUGAAAUCCCCAAUACCAACAUUGCUUUUCAAGUAAUAAAGAAAAUAUAUAGUGUUCGAAGAACAAUCAAAUCAGGUGGUUUUUGC